UGCAAAUCUGUCAUUGAAGUGGUUAUCAGAUCUGAUAAUCAGUUGAUCGAUUGUUGAAAUAUCAUUGAUCUUUGUAAAUAGAAUUUGCCAAUGUUUCAUUGCUUUUGAUUCCUAUAAUUUGUUAAAAACAAUAAGCACAUGAAUCCAUGACGUAUUUCACAAGAGUCAUCAAAAUUCAAUAUGGACGGACCAAGUGCAUUUGGUGCUGGAAUGACAGGGGGUGCUUUUGAUCCCAUAGCUUUUAUCAAGAAACCUCAGGUCAUACUCAGGCUAGUUAGUUGGUUCUUUGCCAUCAUCAUUUUUGGGUGUAUAUCAAGCCAAGCGUGGCUUUAUGGAAUUUGUCUGUAUGGGGGAGAUGCCAAUGCCUGUAGCUAUGGCUUGGGCAUAGCUGUCAUUGCAUUCCUGAUAUGUAUGGCCUUCAUUGCAAUUGACGCCCUCUAUGAACAUAGCCCCAUAUUUAGCAGUGUGCAAAAUAGGAAAUAUGCUGUUAUAGCAGACAUGGGCACUUCUGCACUCUGGACAUUCCUGUAUUUCGUCUCAUUUUGCUAUCUAACUAAUAAAUGGACGACCUUCGACCGAAGCAUAUAUGAUAGAAUACCAAAGACUGGAGGUUUACCUGGCCAGAGUGGUGUACAGGCAGCCAUAGCUUUUACAUUCUUUUCCAUAGGAACUUUCGGAGGUUUAACCUUUCUGGCUGUACAGCGUUACCGUUCCGGUGCAGCUGAUGCAUUCUCCACAAGUGGCGGACAGAGUGAAUACCAACAAGAUCCAACACAAGGGGGCUUCCAGCCUACCCAGCAACCUUCCCCCUAUUCUUCCUACCCAGGGGAGGGUCAAGCCCAGGAUCCCUACCAGCAGCAGCAACCCCCGUUCCAGGCCCCAGCUGACAACUCCCAGCAAGAGUAUACUCCGCCAACUUACUAGAUUUUAGACUGCAAAACCAAGAGCUUACAUGAGGUUGUUGACUUUCGAUGGUAGUUGAUACAUGGUUACUAUGGAGAUGUGUAACUGCAGACUGUCUCCAACAACAACAACAACAACAACAAUUAUAUGACUGAUAACCCCACUAGUCAAAUGUACCACGAUCUAGGGAAACCAUGGAUUUGUUCACUACCAAGAGAAAUUGAGAAAAAUUAGAACAUAGUUCAUUGUGAAUUUUAGUAGAUUUAGGAUGAUUUUGAUCGCACAUAUAGUACAAAAUGCAUGAUAGUGGUUCGAAACUAAUUGAUAGAAAAUGGAUAUAUAAAAAGCUUGAAUUGUUAAUCAGUUGUGGAGUCUUAACAGCAUGUGGAAGCCAGAUAUGGUGCAUUGAUACAUCUAUAGCAUUACAUGACAACAAGUAUGACUGCGAUCUCACGAACAAUUAUAAAAUUUAUCUGGAGCACGGAAAUAUUGCAAACAUCUUCCACAUUGCCUGAGUGUUGCCAUGGUAACACAUACUGAUUUUGGAAUAGAGAUUACUUCAAAUGGACGCUCGGCUGAUUUGUUUUAUGAUACAAUAUUUGAAUAAUCACAUUAAGAUAACUACUCGAAAAUAUUAUGACAACAUUAUAGCCUUGUAUCAACCUCACUUCAUGGAUAUCUUUCCCCAACAGUGGGAGAAACUGUAUGAAUUGGAUUUCCUUGGUAUAGCCAGGUGUAACACAGGCGAGCCCAUCAUAAUUUAACUGAAACAUUUAUUCAGACAUACUUAAAACUGAAAAUGUGAAAAAUGAAGCUUAAUGUUAGUGUAAUAUUCCAUUAACUGAAAUUUGCCUCGUCUAUUUGAAUUUGCCUCAUCUGUUUGAAUUUGCCUCACCUAUUUUAA